AUGCGCUCCUCACUCGUCCGAAGCCCCGCGGUCAGGCAAUUGACUGCCCGCCGUUUCGCAUCCACUGGCUCAGAGACCGCCGCCAAGGCCACUUCCGAGGCCUCUGCGAAGGCCCAGGAAGCGUCAAAGAAGGCCCAGGACGCUGUCAAGGUUGCUGCUGGCAAGCUUGGUGCUGCCGCGAGCGGAGUCGGGAACUCGCUCAUGAAGGUUGGAGGCAGAACGGGGAAACUGAUCCACACUAUUAGUGCUAUGAUCCCCCCGGCUCAGUACUACGGCCGUGUUGGACUUGAACUGUCGAAAUUGGUCUUCCACGGACAGAAGAUGGCACCUCCCAAGCUCGAGACUUUCCGCACCACCUUUUCCCCUGUAAUCAACACCCUUAAAGGCCUCCGCACCGCCCCCUCUGCGACCAUCUCUAACAUGUCGUCGCAAACCGCCUCCUUGAACAUGUCCCCGCGCUACCUCCUCGAGCGUCUCCAGAGUAUCUCCCGUGCCCAGGUUCUCGCCGGGGGCGUGUUGGCCGCCGAGGUCAUUGGCUUCUUCACGAUUGGAGAGAUCAUUGGAAGGAGGAAGUUGAUUGGAUACAGGGGCGCUGAGCAGCACCACUAG